AGAGAGGGCUGGACUGAAUGGAGUAGAACAGAUGCACAAAGGAAACAAAAAGGAACACUGGUGUGUUUUGUCACUCUGCCAGCGAGGCUCUUGUGGGGAGUGAACACGACGGACAGUGAAGUUUUUAUUUGACGCGGGCCGUAUAGUUUCUACCAGGAGCUGUGCAGUUUGUGCAAAGUGAAGACCAUUUAAACUGCAGACCACCUGGAAAAGCCAUGACGAGUUUAAUUCAAGGAAUCUUCCUUCUUUGUGCUCUGUGCUGCUUCCUAGCGGACAACGUGGAGCUGCUCCGCACCAAGCGAGGGACUCGUUUUUACAGAGGUGAGCCCGACAGGCAGCCAGCUAGACGGACGCUUUUGAUUGUACAGUUCAAGAACCCUUCGUCUUCAUUUGAAGCAUCCUUACUUUGUGUGGAUAGUGAAACGUCUACAGUGCGUAGUUUUGGUGACUCUUGGCUGCGCUGGAAAGGACAGCGUGUGGAGUAUUGCCAUUGUGCUUUAGGAGGAAGACAGCUUUGUCACGUUGUUCCUGUCAUCAACUGUUACGUGUCCCACUGCUACAACGGGGGAACCUGUAAGGAGGCCAUCUACUCAUCCGACUACAUUUGUCAGUGUCCCCCCGGUUUCAGCGGAGCUCAGUGUGAGAUCAACACCAAUGAGAAGUGUUUUGUGGGGCAGGGCGACGGCUACCGCGGGACCUGGAGUAUCAGUCAGACAGGAGCAGAGUGCAUCAACUGGAACUCAACGUCUCUUAGAGGAAAAACAUUCACAGCUCGAAAAUCAAACGCUGGCAGCCUUGGGUUGGGCAACCACAACUUCUGCAGGAAUCCUGACCAGGACAGCUCACCGUGGUGUUACAUCUAUAAAGGCACACAGGUAGCCUGGGAUUUCUGUUCGAUGCCCAAAUGUCCCCGAGAUAAGAACAGAGAGUGCGUGGUGGAUUCAGGUCAGAAGUACAGGGGCACAGCUUCUGUCACUAAGAGCGGCUCUAGUUGUCUGGCGUGGGACUCUCCAGCCAUCAGUCGUAAGGCAAACAACGCUUGGAGAUCGAACGCCUUGGACUUGGGGCUUAGCAACCACAAUUUCUGCAGGAAUCCAGAUGGUGAUGUGGCUCCAUGGUGUUACACCUACAAAAACAUGGUGCUGAUCUGGGAGCUUUGUGACAUACCCAAAUGCUCGAGACGUCCGUCCGUCAUUACCACUCCUGGCAUACGUGCUCCCACCACUAAUAACAACAACAGAGCAACGUGCGGCCAACGCUCAGAUAACACCUUGAAUCGCUUGGCGUACCGGAUGUUCGGAGGCAGGUACAGCGACAUCACAGAGCAGCCGUGGCAGGCCGCCAUCAACAUUUACCAGGCCCGCCACAGGAAACACUUUUACCGCUGCGGAGGAGUCCUUAUCGACUCCUGCUGGGUUCUUUCAGCAGCACACUGCUUCGAAACCAGUGACAAAGCAAACAAGUUGGAAGUGGUUUUGGGAAGAACAUUCAGGAAACACAACUCCAGCAGUGAGCAGAUUUUUAAGGUUGAGAAGUACUGGAUCCAUGAGAAGUUUAAUAAUGAAACAUUUGACAAUGACAUUGCUAUUUUAAAACUUGAGACAGACAUUGGCAUGUGUGCUGUGGACUCUCCUGAGGUCCAUCCAGCUUGUCUGCCUGAGCAUGGACUGAUGCUGCCAGAUUGGACUGAGUGCGAGAUCUCUGGCUAUGGAAAAGACUCUGAAUUUUCUUAUGAGUAUUCAGAGCGCGUUAAACGAGGACAUGUGCGCCUUUGGCCCAAAGAGCAAUGCAUUCCAGGGGUUCUGUCUGGACAGACUGUUACCUCCAACAUGCUGUGUGCGGGCGACACCCGAGGGCUCGAUGAUGCCUGCAAGGGAGACUCAGGUGGCCCUCUUGUCUGUCAAACCAAGAACAGGAUGACUCUGAUGGGCAUAAUCAGCUGGGGGGAUGGGUGUGGGCAGAAGGAUAAACCAGGGGUCUACACGCGUGUCAGCCAUUACAUCAACUGGAUCAACAGCAAAAUUAAAGCAAACCCUGUCUAAAGUUAGAGAAACUGCAAAAGAAGAUGUUAAAUUACUCAUAAACACAGUGGAUGAGCAGUUUAUCAUGAUGAUAGACGAAGAAAUCCACGGCACGGCAGGAUGGAAACGUGCUGGAACGGUCUGUGGAGAUCAGUGUAGCUCCAUAUCCUCAAAGUUUCUAGUCUUCACUAUUAUCAUGGACUGGUUUUUUAAACAGAAAAAGUAUGUUUUCUCCUCUAUCUGGGGACUGUUUUUUUUUAUAUUCCUGACAUAUUUUGUUGUUUGCUGAUGAUACAGCUUAUAUCCUGUAUACUGCUGUCCUCAAACAUGUAGACCUGGCAGUGAAUUUAAGUAGAACAAUAGGAAGGAAGUUUAUCUAUAUUUCUCUUUUAUUUCGUGUAGCUUUACUGAAAGCAAAUAAGAGCUGUUGAUACAUCUGAGGGACUUUUAUUAACUCUGUAUCUUCAGAGGGGUUUUUACAUUAACUCACAGCUACUAUCAAAGAGGAUUUAUUUCAUGAUGGCAUUUAGAGGAUAACUUAAACUAUUGCUUUUGAGGAAUCCCAGACCUGCAUCGAGACCACGUAAAUAAUCUGCUGGUUCGGAUUCUGAUAAUUUCUGCAGAUGUUUUGUGACUUUAGCUUGCUGCUUCUGAGAUGAAGGCAGAUGAAAAGGUGAAAGCAGAAAGCAGAAAAUCCUCAAUCCAAUCAUCAGAGGAGAACUUGUUCUGUGUCUUUUCAUAACAUGAGACACCUGGGUUGAUCCCAGCGAGUAUAUUACAUGUAUAUUUUCUGACUAUCAGUUUUAUAUGAAUAUGUUGUAUUAUAAACUGCAUACUGAGACCAAAGCUGAUCUGUUUUAACUUGGUUAGUUCUGUAAUUGUGAGUUUCAGAUGUUUUGUGCUAAAUUAAUAUUUAUGUACACAGUUUUGUAGAACCUUUACUAAGUGUUAAUAUACAUCCUUUGAAUACCAUAUGUUAUUAAUAAUUUAUUGUUCAUGUCAUUAUAACGUCAUCUUUUAACAAAUUUCUGUUUCAAUAAAAGAUGUUUAUGAAAAGGG